CAGAGCGCUUUCAGUCGCUGAUUUGACCGCCAAACAAACGCAACGCAGCUCGGCAGGUUUUUAAGUUUACAAUCCAAUCGCUGGUUCGCAACCACAACAACAAAAGGACAAAGCGCGCUCUCCGGUCCACGGAAAUCGACAACAACAAUAUUAGCCGCCAGUGGCAGCAACAAACAACCAACAAUAACAAAAUAAUAAAGCAAUUACCUAAAGAGUUGGUUUGUUUUCCUUUUUUUUCCAAGUUCCAAUCCUGCAAAAUAGUUGACAUUUUUUUUCGGUUAAAUAAUACGAACGCAAGCAAACAAAGCAAAAAUAAUAAAUUAUAAUAAAGAAACAAAUACAACAAGCAAAAAACAUAUUAAAAUACUUAUGGCAAACUUUUGAAUAACCGAAACAAAAGCAACUACAAAAAUUGCAAAGUAAAACGAACUUGGGCAGCGCAAAAAAGUUUGCCACUAAAAAGCAAUAGCAGUCAAGUGCAACAACAACAAAUAACAACAACAACACAAGAGGUAGAACGACAACAACAACUAGGGAGCCACAACAAGAACAACAUGGGAAAAAAGAGCUCCAAGUUGAAACAGGAUACCAUCGAUCGCUUAACAACGGACACAUACUUCACAGAGAAAGAAAUACGUCAAUGGCACAAAGGAUUCCUGAAAGACUGCCCCAACGGCCUGCUCACGGAGCAAGGCUUCAUCAAAAUCUACAAACAAUUCUUUCCACAAGGCGAUCCCAGUAAAUUCGCAUCGCUCGUCUUUCGCGUCUUCGAUGAGAACAAUGAUGGCUCCAUUGAGUUUGAGGAGUUCAUACGCGCCUUAUCCGUCACAUCGAAGGGCAACCUGGACGAAAAACUGCAGUGGGCCUUCCGUCUUUACGACGUGGACAACGAUGGUUACAUAACGCGGGAGGAGAUGUACAACAUAGUGGAUGCGAUCUACCAGAUGGUGGGGCAGCAACCGCAAUCGGAGGACGAGAACACGCCGCAGAAACGAGUGGACAAGAUCUUCGAUCAGAUGGACAAAAACCACGAUGGCAAAUUAACAUUAGAAGAAUUUCGUGAGGGUAGUAAAGCUGAUCCACGUAUAGUUCAGGCGUUAAGUUUAGGUGGUGGUUAAAUCGAUUAACAAUGGCCGAUUACCGAUAACAGACCCAAUUCCAAUUCCACAAAAACCAAGCGCGCAAUAAACUGAAAUAAAAAGAUAUUGAUACUGCAAGUUGAUUGAAACCCGCUUAAAAAAAAACAAAACAAAUUAAAUAAAAAAUAUGGAAGUUUGUGGGUGGGGGCGGGUUGGUACGGUGCCACGCCCCUGCCGCUUCGUUUGCAUUCGCUUCUCCACUCUUCACUCUCUCUUCUCUCCACGCUUUUCUCAAUUCUCAAUUCUUGAUUCUCGAUUCUCCGCGCGUCGCUUGCGACACUGAAGAUGAUAAUAAUUUUUUGAUAUAUGGAUAAAGAAUAACUAACGAGAUGGAAAUCCAAACAAACGAACCGAAAAGAAAUGAAAAGAAAAAACAAAAAUCGAAAAAAACCGAAAGAAAUUAAUUUUUAAAUAUACACCAGAAUAUAAAUAUAUAGGAAAUCAUGGCGUAGUCAGAGCGCAGUUCAUAGCAAUAAUGGAAAAACAAAAAGAUGAAAAAACGAAAAAAAAGUCGAAAGAUAAAUAAACUAAUACUAAAUUUAAAUUAAAUCGAGUGGCGCGGAGGCGCAAAUCAAUUUUUGAAGCAUACACCAAUUACGAGUAAACUAAUUAAACCUACGAUUAAAUCAGCAUAACUAUACUAAACAAUUAAACGAUACAAUUAGAGCCGAACUAAGCCUACGCAUCAAUUGUGCAGCCUUCGAAGCAAAGCGAGUUAAAUAAACUCGAUCCGAGUCAGCUAAUUCCACUCACGACAGCCAACAGCAGCCACUAUAUCCACACUUAAUAAAUAUAUAUAUACAUAUAGAUACAGUAUCAAUCCGAUAAGUGGCCGCAGACAGGACGAACAGAGUUCAGAGUUCACAGUUUAGAGGGCAUCGCACAGCAGAGGGGAGCUAGCUUAAAAAUACCAUAAAAAAAACACUUUAACGAUUACGAGAGAUACUUACACAUAUAACCCAUUUCCAAGUGCAUUCACUUUAGCUUAUUUGAAUAAUCGAAGAUGAGGUAUAAUGAGAUUACACCACUCAAUGUUUUCUGAUUUCCAUCAAUACUAACACUAAAGUUUUUGCAAGUUUAUGUAAAAAGAAUGCUAAGCCAGAAGGUCUCGCUGUCCAUAGCAACUUUCCUUUUAUUCAAAUUACUUCGGUACCCCAACUUCCGAUAUUCAUUUGCUUUUAUUGACCAGGACUUGUUUGAGAAAUGAAAGAGGAUUUAUGAGCAAGUUCCAUAACCAACCAGCACCAGCAGAAGUGUGUUUAUUUUCAGGCUGAAAUGCGAGGCAACCCAUGUACUUUCAAGCCAGCUGCCUUGCAGUCAUGAAACGCACCUUGAUCGGCUUUUAUGCAGCUCCCCUGCGAAAAGAGAUUAAAUCUGCAGAUGAGUUUCGCCGGCGUACAAAUAGUGUUGCAUACCCAACAGGCGCAGAAAAGUGUUUGCUUUCGUUUGCUCGCUCUCAAUCUCUCUCUCUGUCUCUUUCUACCUCUAUCUAUAUUUCUUUCCCUCUCUCUCUCCAUCUCUCUCUAUCUGUAAAUUCUGCUUUGCCUUGUUUUCCGUUAAGCGUUAUACGUUCCCAACAACAAUAACCAAUCCAAACCAAACCAAAACCAAACCAUAUUUACAAUAACAACAAUAACAACACGAACAUAUUGACAAUAGGCGGAGCAGGAUGAGCAGAGAAAAAGGAUAUCCAAAGGUCUUGAGAACAGUGCUCAGAAAUCCAUGAAUCCAUGAACCCAUGAACCCAUGAACCUCAGCUCCAGAAGUCCAGAAAUAGCUGCGAAGUGAAGCCAUUAAUAAAUGAUAAACUAAUCAAAGAACGCACAGCUACAACCAGAGCCACAUCAACAGCCAGAACAUGAACAUAUAUAUAUAUACACAAAUGUAUAUCCAAUAUCCUCGAGACGCAGCAGAAGCAGAAGAAGCAUGGAAGUUGGAGCAGUUAGGAGAUAUAUAUGUAUAUAUAUACGAGUAUAACAAUGAAACAAAUCCAUCAUACGAUUUAAUUUCUAUUCUAUAUGCGGUUCAGCUUUAUUAUUGCAUUGAUUUUUCAAUAAACCAGUCAACCGUUUUACUAUUCCGAUGACUAUCUAUAAAUACUGAAUCUCCCGCUUUCUCACGCCCCCCACCACCACGCCCCAAAGAAAAUACAACCCGUUUAGUAGCCUUUGUGUAAUCUAGAUCUAGGGAGAUUUCGGACUCCCUGAAAACACACAAGCACUAACACUAACCCAAACACACACACACUCACACGCUCACACACAUACUGUAUAUCUAUAUAGUGCCUAUGUAUGUAGUAGUAUUUCUUAUGAUUUCGCCUGCUUUGCCUUCUUUGAGAACGAACAUUCCUAAUUGACCGAUUUACGUUUAUCUUUUUUUAUGCUUUCCAUGUAUUUAAGCACCGAUCUAAAAGAAUAAACACGAUACAAAUUCAAAAGUCAAAUGCCGUGCAAUCCAAACACUUUUCCCCAAACACUGACACACGCACCACACACAGAGCCAUAUGUAUGUAUAUAUAAAUACAUAUAUAUAUGUAUAUAUAUAUAUGUGUAUGCCUAAACUUAUAUAUACUCUAUAUAGUAAGCACAGCAAUCGAAAGCAAGUUAAGGAACUAUAACAAAACCAAAAAUCGAAUACAAAAACGCUUCUAUAAACCUCACUGAAAUUCUUCGAAGAAACAAACUGAAAGAUACAAGAUAUAGUACACACACAUACGCAAACUGACAUACAUAAACACACACUUGUACGAGUAUAUUAACAAUAAACGUAAUGCGAAAAUUAAUCAAUAAUUAAAUAAUUCGAAAGUGAUAUAGCUGACAAAACAAAUGUGUCUGUAGUAGUCUAGUAGUUAAAAGAAAUUGAAACGAAUCGAAAAGAAACGAAAAAAAGGAAAUUUAUAAAUAAUAUUAACUAAACUAUUAUAUGUGACAGAUUAAAUUGGAGAAAAACGGGAAAAACGCAACGCAAUUUUCACGUUGACCGCUCUUUUUUUUUGUAAGCAGGCGGCUGAGGCGGAAAUAAGGAAAUCAAACUGUAAAUAACACUAAGUGAAUCACGCACACCACAAGACACACCAUCACACACACAAACACACACACACACACACACACAUACCCACUUGCACACUGACAGAAACGAGGAGUACCGAAUAAGUUUGUUAACACCAAAAUAUAACGGGUCUUAAGUAACGAAAAAUAAUUAUAAUAUUAAUGCGAAAAAUGCAAAUAUGCAAAAAUGCAGCCGAGAAGAAGUAAAAUCAUAAAAACAGUAAGUUAGAGCAAGGAAUUUUUUUUGUGGAUUGAAUUGGAUGGGUUUGCAAUGAAUCAAGUCAAUUGUAAUAGCCGACAAAAUACGAGAAUACGAGAAUUAUGAAAUAUUUAUAUUAAUUUACAAUGGGCCGGCGAGUGAAGCUUUUCCCGCAAACACACUGAAAAAAAAACAGUGAAAAAGCAGUGAAAAGCUGUGAAAAACCAGUUGCAGAAGUCGAAGAUGAGUUUCUUUCCACCGCCGUUGACAAACCACACGAAUGUCAAGUUAAACGUUUCACAAGCAAUAUUUUACAUACUUAUACAUGCAUUAUAUACACAUAUAUACUUAUAUAUAUAUAUAUAUGGGUAAAUAUAUAUAUAAAUAAAUAUACGAUAAUAAAUAUAUACAUAACUUAUAUACACACUCCGCAAUAACGAGUCGACCGGCUAAAUAGACAUAAUAACUAAAAUAAAAUAUUGCAUGGCAGAUACACAGAUAUCCAAGCGAAAUGUCUGAUAAUGCGUGAAUAGGCGUUUAAACCAGAUGAUAGCGGCAGAUAGUGGGGAAUUAAUAACAUUUUUAGUGAUAUUCUUUAGCAAACUUGAAUCUGAUUUCCUUGCUAAGAACAAAACGAAAUGUAUAAAGUCGCGAAGAAUUCAAAUCGAAAGCCGAAAAUGUAACGAAAAUAACAUCAGUUUAAGCAAAAGGUCGUAUAUUUUACAAAAAAAAAGCAACAAAAACAAAAGCAACCAAACAAACAAAACGAAAUGAAAUGAUAUGCUAAAAAAGCGAAAAAAAAAAAACAAAAAAUGAAAUCAAUUUUUUUCUCCCAUUUAUCUUGACUCGACUUUCAUUUCGUUCGAUAUAUCCUGUGUACUACUCUAUUUGCCUUUACUUACCAUCAUUAUUAUGUCGAUUGUUAUUAUUAUGAUUAUAUGGCAACGUCGAUGAUAACAAUUAUUGUGUAAACCUAAACACACAUGCAAAACGUAUAAGAAACAUGAACAUGAAUGAGAACUUUAUAGAACAUACAAAUGAAAAUCAAAUUCUUUUACCAAGAAAGAAACUUAAUUAUUUUUUUUUAAGUAAUCGCCUAAGGGGGAAUGGAAAAUUUAUCUUGUUACUGUCAAAAAAAUAUUACUUACUUCAAAUAAAAAUUUUAAAGCGAG